CAACACUGAAACAUUAUCAAACUAAAAUUUGGUAUUGCUAAUGGGGUGAAAGAAAUAACAGAAAUAUUGAUAAACAAUUAACAAGUACAAGGGUCAAAUUAAGUAAACACAUCGCGGAGUGAUUGAGUUUAGAUUUUAGAGUACGUUUUUAUAUAUAAUUUAUAUAAGUUUGGACUGUAAUUGGACGUACUCUUGCUACUUGUAAUAGUUUGUACACGAUGAAAAAAUUUGCGUUUCAAAGUUCAAGUGAUUCACAUUUCUCUGGAAGUAUGUUCUUUGAAAUCUAUAAAAAUGCUGACUUCCUAUGUCACAAUAAAAAUGUAGAAACCAUAUUAUCGAAGGGCUAUCAGCUAAGACAAGCAUUAAAAGAUAUCUCUCCAGGUGAAAAAGUUACUAUGCAAGACAUGUGGCUAACUUCAGUAAAAGACAUACCUCUGUUAGUGAUAAAAGGUGGGCCAAAUGUGAUUGUAAAACACUAUGAAUUUACAGCAAACCGCUUGACUGGUUUAACAGCCGCAUAUGCUAAUGACAACCGCUCACAGUUCCCCCAAUUACAGGCGACUGAGGCUCAGGCACUUGGUUUAAAAUGGGAUAAUAAGUGCCCGGUUGUGUCUAAACUGUACUUGGCAUCUGUAAGUGGUACUGAACACUUCUACGAACAGUUUUCUUUCUGGCCUUUAGUAUGUGCGUUAAAAAAGUUGCAGCUUAAGAAAAUAACACUGGACCCUGUGGUCAAAAUGGCAAAGAUCAAAAAUAGAGAUGGCAUUCGUUUAUGCCAGGACAUGAUGGGACAUUGGGAGGCCACUUGCAGUCUUUGGUCACAAUUCACCGAGGCUACGACUGACUUCAAAAAAACUUUCAAAACAUUCCCACGAGAGCUGAAACAAUUGUUUCCUUGAACACUUGUUUAUUUGGUAUUGGAUUUAUAUUGAGAUCUUUUGAUUAUAAAAGAUUUUAUGUAUCAAUUAGUACUAUUCAUUAUGUAGACAUAUUAAAGCUUUUAAUUUUUUAUUGAUAUUGGAUAAUCAUAGCAUAUAAGUUAUAUUAUUUAAUAAACAAACUUUAUUUCACCUUCAUUUCUAAUGUGAUAUGUCAUUUUAAAUGUCUGAAUUCUCAUUAAAUGAUAAUAAUAUGAUA